GUCCCAAAGGCUCAAUGCCCACAGCCAGGCUGCAGCUUUCUCGGGAGAGUCUGCCCGGCGCAUGCCAAAGCUGCCCAGAGCCUGGCCCUCAGUGCUCCACUGGGAGCCGGAGGGUGGAGCACCGGAGGGUGCAGGAGAGGACGUGCAGGUUGGAGAUGGGAAGCAGAAGCUUGUCCUGUGUUUGCUGCUGAAGGAAUCAUUCUCCCCUUCGGUUUUUUGCAAACAUGCAAUCCGCAGGUAAUCCUGCGUGCCUGGUAUCACCCCCGGCACGCCCCGCCACCAUUGCACAGUCCCGCGUUCCUGGCAUUGCCCCCUCCCCCCCGCACACGCUCCCCUGCCAUUGCAUGGCCCGGCAUUGCCCCCCUGCCAUUGUACGCCCCACCGCCAUUGCACGGCCCCGUGUUUCUGGCAUUGCCCCCUCCCCCCCGCACACGCUCCCCUGCCAUCGCAUGGCCCGGCAUUGCCCCCCUGCCAUCGCACUCCCCACCGCCAUUGCACGGCCCCGUGUUUCUGGCAUCGGCCCCGCCCCGUACACUCCCCUACUGUCGCAUGGCCCUGUGUGUCCGGCAUCGGUUCACCCUGCACACUCCUCUGUUGGCCCGUCACAUGGCCCUGUGUGCCGGCAUCGCCCCCUUACGCCCGACCACCAUCGCACAGCCCUGUGUGUCUGGCAUCACCCCACCCCACAUGGCCCAGGGUUCAAACCUGCUGGUAGUUCAAGGGGGCAGCGGGGCGAUAAGCCCUUGAUGGAAGGGCUGUGCCUCUUUGUCUCUGGGAGGGCUGCCGGCUCUGAGUCAGCUCUGUUCUGGAGCCAUUUGCUCCAGGGAAUGCGCAGCCUUGCUGUGCCAGUGAAUCUUCCUUUCCUGGCCUGCCCCCCAGUUGUAAGCCCAGCCCUGGGAACUGGGUGCUGGGGCGCCUGGGUUCUGUCUGCAGCACUGGAAGAGGAGCAGGGUCUAAUGUUUAGAACGGGGGGGUGGGGAGUUUCUCUCACUCCAUUAGCAACCUCUGGGUCCCCAGUGAAACCUUGUGGUCAGCAGUAUCCAAGGCAGCCGAUGGGAUGUAAUACAGUCAGGGCAGACCUGGUCCUCAUCCCUGGCUGGGACAAUCUGUGCACGGCACCAGUGCCCUUUCUGCCCCUAGCUCAGGUCUGAAUGGUGUCUGGGCAGGACUCAGGAAGCCUGGCCCCAGCUCCUCUGGAACCUUCCCCCAACGCAGAAAGAGUGAUUGGAGGAGGUAGAUGGUGAGUGUCCACAUUGGCCAGACCCUCCAUUAAUGGGGAUCUGAUGGGGGGGUGACAUCAGCAGUGCCCGCUUGGUGCUUUCCUGGCUCCCCCAAAAUCUGGUCUGAGCCCAAGAGGAGAAAACUAGCCCCGGCCCCCUCCAGCCUCUGGAGGGCACUUCACAUCUUGCAGAGCUGUUGAACCCAGGGCAGAUCUGCUGCUGACUCUGUGAGGGUGAGUGUAGGAACACUGUCCCCUGAGCACCCAGCGGAGUUUGGUGGAACCAGGGUUCUUGGGAAGCCAGUGCUGAGUGGGAGGGUGCUGGGGCAGGCGCUCUCAGAAUCCAAGAUAAGUGUGUCCUUCUCCCAUGCUCCCUCAGAGAUGUCAGUGACUCUUCCCCUAAUGCAUGCUUGGCUGUUCCUUCCACUGGGACUCGGGAUGCAACACCAAGGAGCGGGGUGUGUUUAUAUGGCCUGGGAAUGUGGUUAGGCAGAGGUCAGGGGGGCGGUUUCCAGCUCAGAGAAAGGAGAGGAGUGGAGGGAAAGACAUUUGCAAUGUUUGUCUUGCUAGAACUCACAACUUGCAGCUGCUGGGGGCUUUGGCCUGGAAUUCGUUGUGUGCAGCUGGACCCAGCAUGGAGCUGGGCCCCUGUCACGCUAUGCAGGAGAGAUGCAUGAGAACCCUCUGCCCUGGGGAGUCUCUGGAGAGAGCUGCAGCAAGGCCUGGCCUAGCAUACAGAUGCACCUGAGCCUCUGGGAGGUCAGAGGCCAUGAUCAUGGGCCACCGAGGUGUUUGGGGCAAAGGGGGUUGUGGAGGAGGCUGCCUGAGGGGGGCACACACUGUCUUGAGGAGAUGGUCCCCUAGAAAUCCCAGCCAUGCUAUGCAAUGGACGCUCCAGUGACUUCAGCUAAGGCAACAGGUGUGGUUUGUGCAAACCAGCGUUUAACUCUUGCCCGUCUGUUCCUUUAACCAAGGCAGCGACAUGCAGGUGCUCUGAACCCUGC